AUGCAGCCGGCGACGGCACCUUACAUUUUGCGUUCCCUCUACAAGGACGAACACAUUAUUGACAAUCAUGUCACCCGCCCACUCACCGGUCUCGUGACUGCUCUCUUCGGUGCCCACUGGACGAACCGUUAUGAUUCACACCUAAGCAACUUAGCAAAGGGGUUGUAUGUCGUCCUUUCACUCCUCCGUGGGCAGACACUUGGGGAGGAGUUCUGCGACCUGCUUCCCGUCACCCGCGGAAUCCCCACACGAAUGAUGGGAAUAACCCGAAAGCUGCUUCUCGCUCUGUUGCUUGCACUAGAGCCUGUGGCACUCUUUCAGUUUGCCGUCAGGGUGUUUCCUGCCGUUCCGCCACACGAUGUUAUCGCCAAUGUACGGAAAUUUACUUUGAUGCUGCUUUUCUUAUUUGAAACAUACGGGACGCUCGUCCACCGCCUCUUGGGGGUGCGUCAUUUGAGUCUUUUGCCGUCGCAGAGGCUGCAGAACGAUGACGGAGCCCCAUACACGUACUUUGGACUGGGAAUCUUGGUGCUGCUUGAAUUGAUUGUUCGACUGUGGCGCUACAUGGAGAGACGACGCCUAGCGCUUCAGCAGGGUUCUCACUAUGACGUGUCUAGGGAUGAGGAGAGUCAGGAGCAUGAGGACAGCGACGCCGAUGACAAUCAAAAUGCGGCUGCAGGUAAGUGCAUGUUGUGUCUGAGCAAUCGAAAGCAGCCCACGGCUACUUCAUGCGGUCACAUCUUUUGUUGGCGCUGUCUAUUGGAUUGGAUCAAGUCGAACUCACACGGUGCCAUCUGUCCCUUUUGUCGGCGACAAAUCACGGUGCAGUCAUCGGUGCCACUGUACCUCUAUGUAGCAAAAGAGGCACCGACAGCGGGUGGUGUUCAUGACACGUCUGCAUAG